AUGGCUACUCCAUCAAACAGCGAGGAAACCUCUCAACCCAUUCUCCCCAGUGCACCGCCAGCAGCCGACACAUACGUUACUGUCACUGCCGCCAACAACAAUGCCAUCCCCGUGCUCGCAGAUGGCAACGAGCCCAACAUCAGCAAGCGCGAAUACAUCUACUUCCUACCCUACCCCCUCCCCCCAGACACCGAAAUCCCGUACUCAAUCCACUUACCCCAGAAGAACCCACUGAACCUGCCAUCCCACCAAUUCGAGCCCACCUCCACGCUCGUACUAACCAGCCCCAAACGCAUCUUCGUCGACAUCCGCAUCUACAAGCCCUUCACUAUGAACAACGCCCUCGAGCCCCUCCCCAACGUCGGCGAACCCCAACGUCUCGAAUGGGCAUUCGGUGGAACCUCAGCCUCCCGCCCCAUCACCCUCGCAUCAACAGGCCCCCAACAUGGCAAAUCCCAGAAGCGCAUAGAACAGGACUCCUGGACCAACGUCACGCAUUCUACAUGGGCGCACUGGAUCGAUUCCCGCUUCGCAGUCGGCAACAAGAAUAUUCCUGUAGAUGAGGGCGACAUGUAUCCCAUUGCCAAGGAUCUCACGCUCGAAGUCGGUCAUGCAUUCCACCCUGCGCUGGGGGCCGUCAAGACGCACGAGGAGAUGUGGAGGGAUGUCGAUGCUGUGGCGACGAAUGAAGCGGGUACGAAACUCUGCGUCGUGUUGCGUUGCCAGGCGGACCAUGCGGGAGUGAGGGGUCUGGUGGUAAGGGUGGGUCAGUUCUGUCAGGGGAUUAUCAUGCAGCGUGAGAGUACGACGGUGGAGCGUUGGGAGUGGGAUGAUAAUCAUCCUGGGGAGACGGAGAAGGAGAAGUGGCAGCGGACAGUUAGGAUUGGGGGAGCGUUUUUGCCGUGUAGUGUGGCCCUUCGGGCGGAGGUGUUGGGCUUGGGUGCGGUUAUUCGAUUUCAUGAUUUUGAGUGGGUGGUGGAGGAAUUGUGGGAGUGGAAGUAG